AUGUCUGUCUUCUUACCGCUACUGCAGGGCUCGGCGGACGCUGCGCUGCUGCAAGCCCUCGCUCGCAUCGGUCCUAUCGUCCUACCCUCUUCGCAGGCUAACGACACGUCACUGCCGGAACAUGCUGCUCGUCAUGUUCUUCUUGAUCAAGAGUGCACCCUCGACGACGUGACGGCUUUACUCGAUGAGGGCGCGGAAAAGGUCAUCCUGCCCCUCGCCCAGGCACAGGACGCCAUUGGAGUUCUCCCCGCAGAUCGCCUCUUGCUGCUUCUGGACGUAGGGAACGUCAGUGCUGUAUCAGACAAAAUACGCAAUGGUGUAUCAGGCGUGCUCAUCAAAACCCCCUCCUUGGAUGUCGACUUUGUAUCCUCCGUCUCCCGCUUCUUUUCCGGGGCUUCGAUCCAUGUCCUCCCAACUGACAUCAGCAUGCCCCCGUCUCAACCUGUCAUCCGCGCCCUACACGCUGCAGGUGCCUGCCUUGUCCUUCCCACGUCCCUACUUUCCUUGGCUGCCUCGUCCGAGAGUCAAAUCAACGUCGCGGAUGCAUUCCUUUCUAUCGUCAGCUCCGACCGUCCAGACGGUCUCUUCCCCACCAUUAUUUCUUCUUACGUAGAGGGGGGACGAACGCUGGGCCUGGUGUAUUCAUCCGCGGAAUCGGUCAGAGAAAGUAUAGUGACGGGGAAGGGUGUGUAUCAGUCGCGUAAACACGGGUUGUGGCGCAAGGGUGAGACGUCCGGUGCGACGCAGGACGUUGUCAGCAUUCGUCUUGACUGCGAUUCCGAUUCGCUCGAACUUAGCGUAAUUCAGCACGGGGCAGGCUUCUGCCACUUGAACCGCACAUCUUGCUUCGGGGACAGGGAGACAAAGGGCCUAUUCGCCCUUGAGAGGACGCUGCAAUCACGCCUUUUUUCUGCCCCCGAAGGCUCUUACACUCGCCGACUCUUCAGCGAUCCUGAUCUUCUUCGCGCCAAAAUCAUGGAGGAAGCAGACGAACUUUGCCGCGCAGAGACGAAGGAGGAGGUCGCUUUCGAAGCAGCUGACUUGUUCUACUUUGCUCUGACUCGAUGCGUGGCAGCUGGAGUCUCCAUUGCCGACAUCGAGCACUCAUUAGACAAAAAGGCGAAGAAGGUCACCCGCCGUGCAGGCAACGCGAAACCGCAAUGGGCCAAAACUACACAACCUGCACGAAAGGAAUCUGGAUCUGUUCCAAGUCCGCAGAAAGCCCCCAUCGAUCCCAAUGCGCCCAUCGUGAUGCGCUGCUUUGACUUUUCUACGGCCACGACGGACGAACGGGCUGGGCUGCUGCGCCGUCCCGUCCUAAAGUACGAUGAGAUGUUGGCAAAGGUUAAGCCUAUCGUCGAUGACGUGCGGAUACGUGGUGACGUGGCGUUGCUUGAGCUGACGGCCAAAUUUGACAAGGCGCAGCUCACUUCCACCGUGGUGCGCCCACCCUUCACACCCGAGUCGAUGCAGAUCGAUCCUGCUGUACGCGAUGCGAUAGAUGUGGCUUAUGCAAACAUCCACAAGUUCCACGCGGCACAGGCAGAGCAGGCUUCGAUGGUGGUCGAGACGAUGCCUGGCGUUGUUUGUUCGCGAUUCUCGCGCCCGAUAGCGCGUGUCGGACUGUAUGUACCGGGAGGUACCGCUAUCCUCCCUUCGACGGCUCUCAUGCUCGGUAUACCCGCGCAAGUAGCAGGAUGCAAGGAGGUUGUGAUUGCCACACCACCAAGGCAGGAUGGCAGCAUCUCUCCAGAAGUGAUGUACGUCGCUCGUCUCGUGGGAGCGUCUGCCAUCCUCAAGGCUGGCGGUGCACAAGCGGUGGCAGCGCUUGCAUAUGGCACACAGACCGUCCCGAAAGUGGACAAGAUCUUCGGACCAGGAAACCAGUGGGUGACCGCCGCUAAGAUGCUUGUGCAGAACGACACGGAUGCAUUGGUCUCCAUCGACAUGCCUGCCGGACCAUCAGAAGUCCUCGUUGUCGCAGAUCACACAUGCAACCCGGCGUUCGUGGCGGCCGAUUUGCUGUCGCAAGCGGAGCAUGGCGUCGACUCGCAGGUCGUGCUGGUGGCAGUCAAUCUAUCGGACGAGAAGCUUGCGGAGAUCGAGCGGGAGCUUGAUACGCAAGCCCGUGCGCUGCCUCGCGUCCACAUCGUGCGUGAAUCAAUCUCGAAGAGCAACAUUGUGAAGGUGCACUCUGUAGAGGAGGCGAUCAGGUUCAGCAACGACUACGCACCGGAGCACUUGAUUCUCCACCUGGAGAAUGCAAAUGCGGCGGUGCCCCUCGUGGACAACGCUGGCAGUGUCUUUGUUGGCCCUUACUCGCCAGAGAGCUGUGGUGACUAUGCCUCUGGAACUAACCACACUCUGCCAACGAACGGCUAUGCGCGCCAAUUUAGUGGUGUCAAUACGCUGUCGUUCCAAAAGCACAUUACUUCACAAGAAGUCAGUGCCGACGGACUGCGCAACCUGGGUCCAGUCGUUGCGACGCUCGCUGAUUGUGAAGGGUUGGAUGCCCACGCAAACGCAGUCCGGGUCCGUCUGCGGACUCUGUAG